AAUUGCAACAUAUCCGUUCUGAUUAAGUAGAAGUAGAGAACAGCUUCUCCGGUCAUAGUUAACAAAGCGAAGUUCCGAAGUCGUAGUUUGUAUUAAAAAUGGAAGGGAUAACAAAAAAACAAAAGUUGUCGACUUUGGACCAGUUGAAAGAAAUUACUGUUGUGGUAGCCGAUACAGGGGAUUUCGAAGCCAUGAAAUUGUAUAAGCCCACAGACGCCACUACAAAUCCCUCGUUAUUAUUGACAGCGGCGAAAAUGGAGCAAUACGAUCACCUUCUGAAAGAAGCGGUUAACUAUGGAGCCAAAGUUGGAAACUCAAUUAACGAUAAGGUCCAGGAAGCAAUUGAUUACUUAGCUGUCCUAUUCGGUUGUGAAAUUUUAAAAAUAAUACCGGGCAGAGUUUCAACCGAAAUCGAUGCCCGUUUGUCAUUUGAUACAAAAAAAAGCGUCGCAAAGGCAUUAAAGCUUAUAAAGUUAUAUGAACAAAUGGGCAUUCAGAAGGAUCGUGUUCUUAUAAAAAUUGCUUCGACUUGGGAAGGCAUUCAAGCGGCGAAAAUACUAGAAGAAAAACAUAAUAUUCAUUGCAAUUUGACUCUUCUGUUUUCUUUUGCUCAAGCAGUGGCUUGUGCCGAUGCUGGAGUAACUUUAAUUUCACCCUUUGUUGGACGAAUUUUAGAUUGGUAUGUCGCUAACACCAAGACUAAAAGCUUUGAACCUGAGAAAGAUCCUGGCGUCAUAUCGGUUACGGAAAUUUACAAUUACUAUAAAAAAUAUGACUACAAGACGGUUGUAAUGGGUGCUUCUUUUAGAAAUGUUGGAGAAAUUAAAGCAUUGGCAGGCUGCGAUUUUCUGACAAUUAGUCCUGCUUUGUUGAAGGAGCUUGAAAAUGACGAUGAACCUAUUGCUGAAAAGUUGUCUAUAAAAAAUGCUAAGGUUGCGGAUAUAGACAAAAUUAAUAUUGAUGAGUCUACAUUCCGUUGGAUGCUUAAUGAAGACGCCAUGGCAACAGAAAAGCUUUCUGAAGGUAUAAGGAAAUUCGCGCAGGACUCGAGAAAGUUGGAAGACUUGAUAAGAAAAUACAUCGCCGAUGUAUAAACAUUUUGUUGUAAUGAAAUUAUUUUGGAAGAUUUUUGCCAUGUAAUUAAAAUAAAAAAAUCCGGGUGUAGUUUAA